UCCUUGUGCUACACGUCCGGUCGUAUCCCAUCAUCCUCUGUGCGAAGAGCACAGGCUACAAUUUUUGUCUUGAAACUAGCUACCUUGACUCGAGUCAUAUUUCGGCGGAGAACAAGACUGAAAUGACAGAAAGUGCCGUGUCGUCUGAUGAUCCCUGGAUCAAAGACUGUUCUUGCAAUGUCUCAGCAGGCAGACGGUGUGUUCGGCGACAGCAGUUUUGACCAGAAUUUCUUGACUGAGAAUGCUGGGAAAGGGAUGGGAAGCUCUAGAGCCAAUAGCAUCGGGUCCACAAGUGCCUCAUCAGUACCAAAUACAGAUGAUGAAGACAGUGACUACAGACAGGAGACAUCGUACAAGGAGUCGUACAAAGACCGGCGGAGGAAGGCACACACCCAAGCGGAGCAGAAACGAAGGGAUGCCAUCAAGAAAGGCUAUGAUGACUUGCAGUCAAUUGUCCCCACAUGCCAACAGCAGUCAGAGUUCACUGUGGGGUCACAGAAAAUCAGCAAGGCCACUGUCCUACAGAAAACUAUUGACUACAUCCAGUUUCUACACAAGGAGAAGAAAAAACAGGAAGAGGAAGUGUCCAUGUUGCGGAAAGAAGUAAUGGCAUUGAAAAUCAUGAAAAUAAACUAUGAGCACAUAGUCAAGGCACAUCAGGACAAUCCACAACAGGGUGAGGACAAUGUGUCGGACCAGGUGAAGUUCCGGGUGUUCCAAAACAUCAUGGACUCCCUGUUCCAGUCCUUCAGUGCCUCCAUCUCAGUGUCUAGCUUCCGGGAACUCUCCGCCUGUGUCUUCAGCUGGCUGGAGGAGCACUGCAAGCCCCAGACACUGCGAGAGUUCGUGGUGGGAGUGCUUCGGCAGCUGAACGGCCAGCUGUACUGACGACGGUGGGAAGGCCUCUCGACUAGAUUUAAGUGUAAAGGCUGACCUGUGGGCUGUCCUGGGCUCUCAAGGUGCAAAUGAGUUUGGCCUGUCCCACAGAAACAGUGUCUUGUAUGUAGCAAACCUCGGUCAGACACUUCAAUUUUGAAAUAUUUUUACCCUUUUAUAUAAUAUUCAC